AUGAAAAACCAAAUAAUCAGCCAUAACCAUGGCCACAUGUUGCUCUGCCUCUGCACAUGGACAUCUCAUCAUCUUUCUCCUCUUUCUCGCCCCUUUCUCUCUCUCUCUCAACUUCCAAUUACCCCGUUUCAGCCCCGAUGACACCACCAUACUCCUCGAAGGCGACGCCAUGGUCUCCGUCGGAAAAAUCGAGUUCAACAAGGUCAACUACAUCUUCCGUGUCGGCCGAGUUAUAUACAACGGCAAGGUGCCUCUGUGGAGCUCUUCCAGCUCCUCCGCAGAUUUCACCACACAUUUCUCCUUCACCAUUGACACGCAGCGAAAUCGAAAUCACGGCAACGGCCUCGCCUUCUUCCUCGCUCCUGUCGGGUUCGAGAUCCCGCCAAACUCUGGGGGCGGCUUCCUAGGCCUCUUCAAUACCACCACCACGGGCUCAUCGCGGAGCCAGAUCCUCCACGUGGAGUUCGACUCCUUGCCAAACUCCGGCGGUUGGGACCCACCGUACGAGCACGUGGGGAUCAACAAGAACUCCAUCGCCUCCUCCGUCACCACGCCGUGGAAUGUCACUUUACACGACGGAGAGGCCGCGGAUGUCUGGAUCGUCUACAUCGCGGCCGCUACGAACCUAACCGUCUUCUGGAGCUACAAUGGCGCCCCUAAUUCAAGCCUUUCUUAUCAAGUGGAUAUCAAGGAAGUUCUACCUCAAUGGGCCACGGUUGGGAUCUCGGCUGCCACCGGCUCCAACGUCGAACGCCACAUUCUUCAUUCGUGGGAGUUCACUUCGAGUUUAGAUAUUAAAGAAACUGGUCAAAAUAACACCGAAAUAGCACUGAUUGUAGGUUUAUCUGUAGGGGCGUUUGUUAUGGUACUAACCGUUACUGUAUUAGCAUACGUGUUAGUGAAGAAACGAAGAGCAAAGAAAACCCGAAACAGAGCUUACUCAAUAUCCAUAGGAGAUGAUGAUCUUGAGAGAGCAACCGGGCCGAGAAGAUUUUCCUACCUAGAGCUUGCUUCGGCCACAAACAACUUCUCCGAAGCAAAAAAACAAGGAGAGGGAGGAUUCGGAAGCGUUUACAAAGGGCACCUCGUGGAUAUAGAUAUCCCGGUCGCGGUGAAGAGAAUCUCCAAGGGAUCUCGGCAAGGUAAGAAGGAAUACAUCGCGGAGGUGAAGACCAUAGGCAUGUUGCGACAUAGGAACCUGGUGCAACUGAUCGGUUGGUGCCACGACCAGGGCGAGUUCAUGCUCGUCUACGAGUUCAUGCCUAAUGGAAGCCUGGAUCGUCAUCUAUUCAGAAGAAUGUCAAGUCUACAGUGGACAUUGAGAUACAGUAUAGCUAAGGGAUUGGCAUCCGCACUGCUCUACCUCCACGAGGAAUGGGAGCAGUGCGUGGUGCACAGGGACAUUAAGUCGAGCAAUGUAUUGUUGGAUUCGAGCUUCAACGCGAAGCUAGGCGACUUUGGGCUGGCUCGGCUGAUGGAGCAUGGGAUCAAGCCCAAGACCACAGGGAUAGCGGGGACGUUAGGGUAUCUGGCGCCAGAGUAUGUGAUGAGUGGGAGAGCCAGCAAGGAAUCGGAUGUGUUUAGCUUUGGGGUGGUGGCGCUGGAGAUAGCGACGGGAAGACGAUCGACGGAUCCUUUGGAAGAGAAAGGGUUGGUGGCGUGGGCGUGGGAUCUGUAUGGGAAGGGGCAACUUGUGUCGGGGGUGGACGGGAGACUGGAAGGGGAGUUUGAUGGGAGGGAGGUGGAGAGAGUGAUGAUAGUGGGGCUUUGGUGUGCUCAUCCUGACUGGAAUAGGAGGCCGUCGAUUCGACAAGCGAUCCAGGUAUUGAAUUUGGAGAAAGAGGGGCCUACGCUUCCGUUGGAAAUGCCGACGCCGGUGUAUUAUGCACCUGCCCUUGCUCCGGCUAGUACCUCAUCAGCUGCCUCUACCGAGCCCUUUGUCACCGGCUCUAGUAUCGAUAUUGGCCGAUAAACUAACUCUACGUGUUUUUAUCUUUACAGUAUGUUACUAUGAUUCAGGACAAAAUCUUCAAAAUUAAGUGAAGUUUUCAUUUUGGCGCACACA